AGCUUGAUUCAACUCCCAAUCUCCGCUCAGCUCCGUUCCGAAACAAGACAUGGUGUUUGAGCCUCGCCUAGGCGACAUGAUGCCCGGAAUGGGUGGAUACAACGCUGCCCACGCCGUUGCCAAGCGUGCCAAUAGCAACAACUCUCCCUGAUGACCCAACAUCACAGGCCGGGGAUGGGGCGAGCACGUUCGGAGAUGAAAGGGAACUGUUCAAGCCUCCGAACCUGAAGCAGAAGGCACGGAGGUGACAGGCGUGUUGGAGCCGCCGGCCCGGUCAUCGACCGACAUACGACAUCAGCAGUCCACUGACCGCUGGUUUAUGCCAUGGUCGAGAGUCUCGAGACUAGAUUAAAAGGGGCUGCCGCGUUGCUGGUAUGCUGACAUUGACAGCUUCUCCUCCAGCGGCACUGUACACUCUACCCCGACAGCGCACAUCAUGACCGGUCUCAAAUCGAUCCUCCUGGCUGCGCUGGCCUCGGCCGGCAUUGUCGCCGCCGAUGGCCUCCACGCCCGGGCCGUGGCCGCGGGCAAGAAGUACUUCGGCACCGAGAUCAGCGGCUAUGUCAUGAACGACGCCAGCGCCAACAACAUCGCCAAGAACUCGCAGGACUUUGGCCAGUACACGGCCGAGAACGAGAUGAAGUUCGACGCCCUGGAACCGUCACGCGGCACCUUCAGCUACGCCAACGCCGACCGCAUCGUGGCCCAGGCGCAGGCCAACGGCCAGAUCAUGCGCUGCCACGCCCUCAUCUGGCACAGCCAAGUGCCGUCGUGGGUGACCAACGGCCGGUUCGACAACGCGACCCUCAUCAGCAUCUUGAAGAAUCACAUCGCCAACGUGGUGGGCCACUACAAGGGCAAAUGCUACGCCUGGGACGUGGUCAACGAGGCACUCAACGAGGACGGCACCUACCGCAGCUCUGACUCGGUCUGGGGCCGCACCAUUGGCCCAGCCUUCAUCCCCAUCGCCUUUAAAGCCGCCGCCGAGGCCGACCCCCAGGCCAAGCUGUACUACAACGACUACAACUGCGACAAGCCCGGCGCCAAGUCCACGGGCGCCCAGAACCUGAUCCGCAUGGUUAAGGCCUACGGCGCGCCCAUCCACGGCAUGGGCCUGCAGGGCCACCUGACGACGGGACAAGUUGGAUCGGCGUCGCAGUACGUGUCCAACCUGCAGGCGUUCGCGAACCUCGGCGUCGAGGUCGCUUUCACCGAACUCGACAUCGCCACGCCCUCGAGCAACCCCAACUUCAACCAGCAGGCGACCGACUACGCCACCAUCGUCUCGGCCUGCAAGCAGGUCGCCGCAUGCAUAGGAAUUACCACCUGGGGCUUCACCGACAAAUACACGUGGAUCUCCAACUCGUACCCGCUCAUCUGGGACCGCAACCUGCAGAAGAAGGCGGCCUACAACGCCAUCCUCAACGCCUGGGGCUCGUCAUCCGGCGGCGGCACCCCGACCAGCUCGGCCCCGCCCGCCUCGACGACGACCUCGACUUCCGGCGGUGGCAGCGGUGGUUGCACCGCGCCGCGGUAUGCGCAGUGCGGGGGGAACGGGUACACCGGGUGCAAGACGUGCGAAGCGGGAUCUACUUGCAAGUAUUCCAACGACUGGUACUCGCAGUGCUUGUAAAGCCGGAUCCUUUUCGGUUUGAGAAAGGGGUAUUGAGGAAUUGGGCCAGGGGUUGGAUUCACAGAAUCAGAAGGUGGGCUCAAGUCAGGGGUGGCCGGGGAUCUGGAGUUGGCUCGGAGCCCAGGAGAUUUUCAUGUAC